AUGACAGAGUACGACGUUGAUUUUUUUAUAUCACUGAUUGAGGAGCGCCCUGUUCUUUGGGACACUAGUAACGAAGAUUAUAAAAAUAAAUUCAUCAAACAAGAAGCUUGGAAGAACGUAUGUAAAAGUUUAUUUCCAAAUUUCGAGGAAAAAGAAAACAAUGAAAAAACUAAACUUGGUAUUCUACCAUCACUUGAAAGAUUAGAUGACAAUAAAACACUAAUCUUUAAAAGCAGAGUUCUUCAAAUUUUAACAGAAUUGCAUCAACCUCAUGGCUACUACUGUCCGAAUAGCAACUACCAGGGUGGCUAUCAGACUCAACAUUUUGCAACAUCUCAACAAACGCCACUGAUACGUCCACAAUCAUCUAACAUACCAGAUCAAAUUGAUUCACCUAGUAAUGAUUUUUCUAACUCAAGCAUAUUAAGCACACUUUCAACGGAAGAAGAGUUUGAUUUUUCGUAA